AUGUCAAUAGUUCCGUAUAACCCGAACAACGAUAUAUUGUACCACAACCCCGAUGAUGGCGUUCUUAUUCUUCACGAUACCAAAGAGAAUUCUAUUCAGUUACUUUCAACUUUAGCUCAGGAGAAUAGGGGCUCCUAUUUUAGCACUGGGGCAUCAGCAAAUGGGUUUAGCAACAAACGGUUUCCCUCCUUUGCAGAUCAUGCAGAUAUUAGAAAGUGUCCCAGUUGCGGAUUUACUUGGAACGAAUUUGACAACAGGGACUCAAGGCGUCGUAGUUCGGUUGGGACAAAGCCACCCAUUUCCAACACAACCCACCUAAACGAUUCCACAGGAGGCUUUUCCAAACCGUUCAUGCGCACAGACUAUUUCAAAUUACUUGCCCAAAUUCCCCACUCUAACAAAGAGCGACUGAAGACGAACACCACAGGAAUCCCAGCAGGAAUAUUCAAUCAAGGCUAUUUUAACAGAUUUUUUAACAAAAUAGGUUCCAAUCCUUUGGGCUCUGGAGCACGUGCACAGGUUUAUAAAGUCGAGCACGUAUUUAAUGAUAUCGCUUUGGGGACCUAUGCCGUCAAAAGAAUAAGUAUAGGAAACAAAUUUGAGCAUUUGGAACAAAUGUUGAACGAAGUCCUAAUACUAUAUGAAUUAUCGGCAAAAAGUGUUAGCGAGAACAACUUGAUUCGGUACAAUCACGUAUGGUUGGAAUUGGGUGACUUGGAAGACCUGAGCUCUUUCUUUCUUCAAACCGAUUGUACAAAUACUACGGGCUCUCAAAAGGUUCCCUAUAUGUUCAUACUACAACAAUACUGUGAUGGGGGCCAUCUAGAAGGAAUCAUUGAAAAGAAUUUUCCUAUAGAGGAGAACUUGAGUUAUUCCGAAAAAAUCAAGUUGGAAAAGAGACGACGGAAGUUGCAGAGACUGGGUAAGGAGGAUGAAGAAGAAGAGAAGCGUAAGUGGCUUUCUAAUUUUGAGAUCUGGAAGUUCUUUCACGAUAUCGCAAAUGGAGUGAACUACUUGCACAAAAAUGGUAUCUUGCAUCGUGACUUAAAGCCAUCCAACUGUUUAGCUGACGUGCAAUACUCUGUGGAUGAUGUACCAGAAUCGUUUGAUACAAUUGAGCAGUUUGAGGAAAAAGUAUUUGAGUUGCCCAAAAUCCUAGUAUCUGAUUUUGGAGAAGGGAAAUUCACAGACAAGCACAAGAAUACAGGUUUGCAUAAGGCAGAAGAGAGGGAAGGUAACACGGGAACAUUGGAGUUCACAGCGCCAGAGUUGUGGUUAUGUUCUGACGACAGCCGAUUCAUCAACGAGUUUUCAUAUGACAGCGAUAUAUAUUCCUUGGGAUUGAUACUUUGUUACUUGUGCGUUGGUACCUUACCAUUUGCAGACUCACUCCGAGGUGAAACUGACCCUGAGGUUUCCAGGGAAAAGAUUCAGGAUUGGUAUAGAACUAUCUCAUAUGAAUCAUUUGGAUCAUGGUUUGAAACAGCCUUGACUAAGCGAAAAAGAUUGAUGGACAAUCUUAUGUCCGACUUCAAGUGGUUGAUUUAUGAGAUGAUCAAGGGCAACUCUGAUAUCACCGCUAGUGGCGAGGAAAUCUCAAGAUUGAAUUCAAAAGAGGUUCUUGCUUUUCUAAAUGAGAUGAAGUGGAAAAGAUUUAUCAAGUCAAGUCUAGCCCAAGAAGAAGAUAUAAACCAGCGCAAUCCUCUGCUUUCAGAUUCAGAAAAGCUUACCUUAUAUUUACCACGGCGCGCGGGUAAUCAACCAACGAGAGAAGAUUCAUUUCAAGAAGAAGAAGAAGAAGAGGAGGAGGAAGAGGAUUUAGAAUACGAAAAAGAAAACGAGACAGAUCAUUUAGAUUUAACGGAAGAAGAAUAUGAACCUCAAACAAUUGCAAUGUUCGACUACACCUCUGAGCUGUCGAAACACAAAUUCUUGCUAGAACGUCGUACUACGUUACCGCUUUACUGCCUCGAGCUAUUGGUGCUAGAAUAUAUGUCAAUACAUUCACCUAACGUUUUGCAAAUCAUUUUGAAACUUGCAAUAUAUGCCACUAUUACUUUGGACUUAUUUUUGGAAAGAUGCCAUUUUAUACGGUCCAGUUUGUUUGCAUUGAUCUUUGUUUCGUUGUGUAUAGUAUUGGCCUACACCAUCUGGUAUUGA